UUUGAUGAAUUCCUGAAUCUCCUCAGGGGGCUGGAGAUGCGAAAGAGGGUGGAGACUGGGGACUCCUGGGUGGGACCUGCGGUGGUGGUGGUGGUGGGUGAAUUCGGAGUGCAGGUCGUCCCCUAGAGUCUGGGAAACUGGAUUGUGGAGACGACGCUGGGCUUUGGGGGGCAUUUGCGCUCCUGUGCGCGCGGCACUUUGUAGCUCCGGGUGGUGGCAAGCCUGGUGAAGUGAUAGCGCGAGGGCGAGAGGAAGUCAAGGCUCAGGAGCAUCAGAAAACGCUUCCUUAGCUCUGUGUGAGCUCUAGCUAUCCUGGAUGGGUAUAGUGGUGGGAAAACCCUGCACCGCGCAUUUCCAAGUCACCGGUGGCUGCGCUCCGAGCCCCCACCAACCCCAGGGCCGAAACCCCAGCGAUCCCCAGUGCUACUGAGCAGCAGGCGGCGACCAGGACCGCGUGGCUGUCGCGCGGCGCGCCAAGCCAAAAGGUAAACGCAGCCGGGCCUGCCCACAGCCCAGCAGAGGCGGCGCGGCCCCGAAGCGCCUUCAGUUCUAAGGAUCCUCACUUCUGGGAAAGGACAGGGAACUGUCAAUCAACGAGGGAGGGAGCGCACCGGCGCCGGGUGAUGUCAGCGGAUCAGCUGCUCCACAACAAAGAGGGGGUAUUACAGGAGAAAGUUGCAGCAGCCGCUGCACCCCGGAGCCUUGGGGACCGGGGACGAAGGGAGGAGGGACGGCGGCUGCGGCAGCCGCGGCAGGCCGAGGAAUUGAAAGGACUGUAGGGGGAGGCAGCGCGAACCGCCCCGACUGCUCCUCCUCUUCCUCCCCCCUCCUCCUCCUCCAAACUCGCAGGGCUGAGCCCCAGCGCUCGCUCAGCCGCCGCGAGCACCCGGAGGGACGGGAACCGGCCGCACGGCCCGGUGCUGGGCAGGGUCGCAGCCGCCAUGGAUAGCGACGACGAGAUGGUGGAGGAAGCCGUGGAAGGGCACCUGGACGAUGAUGGGUUACCCCACGGAUUCUGCACCGUCACCUACUCCUCCACAGACAGAUUUGAAGGCAACUUCGUGCACGGAGAAAAGAACGGACGUGGGAAGUUCUUCUUCUUUGACGGCAGUACCCUGGAGGGAUAUUACGUGGAUGACGCCCUGCAGGGCCAGGGUGUGUACACCUAUGAGGAUGGAGGUGUUCUCCAAGGCACAUAUGUGGAUGGAGAGCUGAACGGACCAGCCCAGGAGUAUGACACCGACGGGAGGCUCAUCUUCAAGGGACAAUACAAAGACAACAUUCGACAUGGAGUGUGCUGGAUCCAUUACCCGGAUGGAGGCAGCCUGGUCGGGGAAGUCAAUGAAGAUGGGGAGAUGACUGGAGAGAAGAUAGCCUAUGUCUACCCUGAUCAGAGGACUGCGCUCUACGGAAAGUUUAUUGAUGGAGAGAUGAUCGAAGGGAAACUGGCCACCCUCACGGCCACAGAAGAAGGGAGGCCACACUUUGAAGUGACAUCUGGAAGUUCCGUGUACCACUUCGAUAAAUCGACUUCCUCCUGCAUCUCCAGUGAUGCCCUCCUUCCAGACCCCUAUGAGUCCGAGAGGGUUUAUGUUGCGGACUCUCUCAUCUCCAGUGCGGGAGAAGGGCUGUUUUCCAAGGUAGCAGUGGGACCCAAUACUGUUAUGUCUUUUUAUAAUGGCGUCCGAAUUACACACCAAGAGGUGGACAGCAGGGACUGGGCCCUAAAUGGGAACACUCUGUCCCUUGAUGAGGACACAGUCAUUGACGUGCCCGAGCCCUACAACCACGUAUCCAAGUACUGUGCCUCCCUGGGACACAAGGCGAAUCACUCCUUCACGCCAAACUGCAUCUAUGACAUGUUUGUCCACCCCCGCUUUGGGCCUAUCAAGUGCAUCCGCACCCUGCGAGCUGUGGAGGCAGAGGAAGAGCUGACCGUUGCCUAUGGCUAUGACCACAGCCCUCCAGGGAAGAGUGGGCCUGAAGCCCCCGAGUGGUACCAGGUGGAGCUGAAGGCCUUCCAGGCCACCCAGCAAAAGUGAAAGGCCUGGCCCUGGGGUCCAGAGACCUGGAGUAGAAACUUGGAUCUAUGCACUACAUAUAUCUGACAACGGGACAACCAGGGACUGUUCAUGCUGUGACAUCACAUCCUCUCACCCUGCGUUAGCAACGACUCUCUCGCAUACUAACUAGGUUUGACUAUUACUCAUACCAGAUUUAAAAUUAGCUAGCCUUGCAGCAACGCCCUACCGAGAGGUACUGUCGAACUGUAGACAGCAUGAUGUUCUUUGAUGGUUGAAGUCUAAAUCUGGACCACGUUCAGAGAUACCAAAUGAUUCAACUGAAAAAGGGAAAUGGGAUUCUUUGGUCAUUUUUCGUCGAUGGGUUUUUUUUUUUUUCCGUGAUGUUUUUUUCUAUGGCCAUUGCAAACGGUGUUCGGUCACCCUUGCAUGUUGCCAUCUGCGGGGCAGGAAGCGAUUACAUCUUUAUAUAAAUGUAGGGUCAUUUGCCUUUUAACCUUUGAUCUGUAUCUUGCAAUAGAAUGGCUUUGUUUUUGUUGUUACUCUCCUAGUGAACUGAAGCCCAGUCUUUUGAGCCUUUUCGUUAGCCUCACUCCCUAUCUUAGCUCUCCUUUCCGGGAGAAAGCUUCCCAGUGGCCUCUGCCUUCACAGCAGUGUACAGGUCUCUCUGGUUCUUUCUCGAGCAUCUCAUUCUUAUGUCCUGAUAUAAAGUCCUGGCUCAUGGGGCCAGACUGUUAUUAUAGACUUAUUACUCUCGCAUGUAAACAAAGAAACCUUUGCUUUCGGAUGUGAGAAGAAACGAAUUUGCUUUGUUUGCAUUAAGUUACGAAAGGAGUUGUAAGAUACACAUUCAGGAAGAAGAGAGGAAAACUGGUGUUUCUAAGCAGUCAUCGUGAUAGUUUUGCAGGAUAUUCAGUAGCGCUGGCAAUUUUUUUCUCCUCGGGUACAUAUUCAUUGUACAUAACCUAGUGCAGUCUGACUUGUGGCUCACUGAAUUCAAACUACAACAGCCAACGUGCAUUCCAACACGGACUACAGAACGCUCCCUGACCACCAGUGCCAGGAAGACAGACACGCUGACGGCUAGGUGAAAAUCAGACCCGUAGCUAAAGCUUUCUCCCCAUCGUGAUCUCAGAGUACUUAACUGCUUCCAGGCUCUGCAAGCCAAGAGUUCACGCCUGUGCAGUCUCUACCAAUAGUAUAUUGCCACCUCACAAGCCAUAUGUAAUCACAACUGCAGAAACACAGAGAAAAACCCAUUGUUUUAGGUUAGCUCAUUAGAUCUCUACCUGGAUGGCUCUGAAUGAAUGCUGAGUUUGGGGGACACCUCCCCCAAGGUGUCCUGGGAACAACCGGUACUAAGGCCUGCAACUGUCGACAGUGCCACCUGUGGCCUGAGUUGGGUUAGGGUUUGAGGGAGCUCAGAAUGGAUAGAGAUGUUUGCUGGGAAUGGGCAGGGAUGGAGGGAGGAGACAGGUCAAGGGAUGUUGGCUCUUUGUUCUUUUUUCUUUUCUUUUUUGUCAGUUGCACGUUGCUCUUAACAACAGCUUUCACAAGUGUUCCAUCUGGGGCUGCGCGCAGUUUGCCCAUCAAACAGCCCCAGAAAGGAGGACUCAGCCCUCAGCUGUGAUAGCUGCACCCUGGGCUCUUUUACAAGCUUCCUGACAUACCCAGCUUCCGGCUCUGCACCUAGGUGAUGGGGUUUUCCAGGACAGCUGGCCGCAGCCCUGUUUGAAAAGCUUAAGAAGAUAGUUCCCUCAGGAGAAACAUCCUUGGGACUUCUGAGGAGGUCUCCUGCAAGAAAACCGAAUCGUUUUUUAGACUACAAGUCACCGGGAUAGGAUCGCUUCUAUUCUGUAGACAGAGACCAUUCAGUAAACUGUGACCUAAGGAUGGGGUCUCUGGAUUUGGAUUCUGAGAGGCGCUUUCGUGUAAAUGUGCCCAAAGGCAGUGGGCUGCCUCGGAGAGAAAGAUGGCUUUCGUCAGCCGCAUCAGUUGGGUGGUGGGACUCGGUUGAAAGAUGGGGCAGAGGAGGAGAGGGCAGGUCCCACCUCGGAUGGUGUGCCCACAGGUUUUCACACCCAGAGGUGGAAUCCAGCCUCAGCUGCCGCGGAGGCUCAACUCCUAUCCUAAAGGGCUACUCUAAGCGAUCUCAUUCAAGUGGAACUCGAGAACAAUUUUGCGGCCUUGAGGACCAGCAAAAUAGUUUGGCAAGUAAAGGUGCUUGUCGCCAAGCCUAUGACCUGAGUUUCAUCCCUAGGACCUCCAUAGCAGGAGAGAACCAGGCCUUGAAAGCUGUCCUCGACCGCACACGGUGUGGCGUGCGUGCACCCACACACCAAAAAUAAAUCAUCCUUUUUUUUUUUUUAAUAUAUAAAUGGAUUGAAGAACUGUGGCCGGUGAGCUAGCUAAUCUACGUUUCACAUUCCAUGCUGGAGGAAGACAGUCAGGGCUUCAAGCCCAGCGCUGUGUACGUGCCCCAGAAGCAGUUCCCGCAGCUGAGCCGCUCCGUCUUCCUUUUCCCCGUCUGCUUCCCGUAUCUUUCAGUUCUCUUUCUGCUAUGUGAGAAGCGUUGGUGCCUGUGCAGAACGGCAGCCCAGCUGAUUGCUCUCCCUCUUUCUGUCUAGCGUACCUCUCUGGUCUGGCGUCACUGUCUGUGUGUCUCUCUCCGAGUGGGAACCAUUCUGGUCACUUGUUCGCGCCCUCCCCGAGAUAACGCAGUUCCGUUGCAGGUCGCACCGGGCCGGGUGUAGAGGCAGAGAAGUAUUUGUAGAGGGUAGGGGAUGUGGAGAGAAUUGACCGCCAGUGCAGUUUGAGGUUUGUUUCUCUUUUGAAACCAAAGUGGAAAAGCUUCAGAAAGCAUCUUCUACUUCGCGUCUGCUGUAGAAGGAAACAGGAAGCAGGCAAAUCUGGUCUUCCAUCAGGAUCAAAAUCACAGAGAGACAGGAUUGAGAGAGGCUAUGUAGUAGGGGGAAAAGGAUUACCCUUCUGCUGUCUUCCAAACAGCCGGGUCCUGUACAACUCGCCUGACGCCAUGGUUGCCAGGGCAUUCAUUCAGAGCUGUCUCGGUCCAACCCCGCAUGACCUGAUCCAUCGUUAGCACCUUUUCUAUGAUGAACUAUUAUUACCUGUGUUAGAUUUACGACUAGGAACUAAUCUACAGAGCAUGCCCCCUAGUGGGGGCAUUCGUUUGAACUAAUAAGCAAAUGUAAGGAUUGAAUUUAGGACAUGAGGCUAAAAUUGCGAAGUGCAGGGAAGACUUGAGUUUUUAGUACCUAUUCUUGCUUUAACCUGCUUAAUCCCAGAUCUCCCCUAGCAACUAAGAAGGAAAUUUUUUGUCAAGACCUCUUUGAACCUGACUGGGACUAGAGUUCAGAUUCAUUACCCUUUGGGUUCAGCACACUUGAAAAACUAUUUCCUUAUCACCAACCCCCCCACACACACACACAUGCACGCUCAUACGCGCACACACACACGUGUGUGUGUGUGUGUGUGUGUGUGUGUGCCCACUGACGAGGCCAUGUAACCAUUUACAGCAUUUAACUGUGACCAUUAGAAUUGCAUUGAGCUGGGGAUGUAGCUCAGUGGUCCAACAAUUGCCUAGCAACCAGAGGCCCUGGAUUACAUCCCUAGGACCUGGGGGGGGGGGGUCAUGACCAAUUAUGAACACUGAAUUAAAAGUUUGUCUUGUGAGACAGUAUGUGGCACUAUUAUUAAUCUUCACUUAAUAGAUUUUUUUUUAAAAAAAAAUCUAAAUUUCUCACUGCAAAAUACACUUAAAAUCUUCUGAGAAGGUCAAAAGCUCUGGGUUUUGUUUGUUCUCCAACAGCCACCUCAAGUUCUGUCUUCGGAGUAGCAUUUAGAAUCCAGACAUCUUUUGUUUUAGACAAACAAGCAAAACUAUGUUGCAAGAUGGAUAGUUGUAAUGUUUAUUUGCUGCAGAUCAAAGGUUCACAAAAUAUAUUCAGUGUAAGGGUACUUGAGUACCUUGAUAGAGUCCUCCAAUAUACACCUUGGAUUUUUUUUCCCUUCAGAAAUUUUAAGCCUUGGUGUUAGGGGUCUUUUUGCUUUGCUUAGUUUUGGUUUUGUUUUUGGAGGGGUUUUGUUUUGUUUUGGGGGAGGUGUUGGGAUUUUUGUUUUGUUUUGUUUUUUGGGUGUUUUGGGGGGUUUGUUUUCAAAAACUACUAAAUUUUAAAAGUUUUAUUUGCCAAAUGUGUGCAUACAUAUUCAAAGCAAUGAAUCUAUUUCAAGCCAUACAGCCGCAGGGGUGGGAAACCCUUUUCACAAAUUUCAAUGUGUUUGUAUGUAAAUAGAUGUUUGUAUGAAAUAUUUUCAUGGUAGAAUGAAUAUAUUUAAAUGAAGUUGAAUUAUUCCAGUGCUAUUUAAAACAUGACAAAAUUUUUGGUGAGAAUUAUGAGUCUAUUGAGAUAUAAUGCAGAUCAAUUUUCAUUUUUAGAAAUCAAAAGCCUACAAAGCCCUCUGACUGGCGCCCACCUCCUGGCGGGGUGGUGUCUGAUGUGAGGUAGGCUUCCCCAGUGCCUCAGCCGCUUUCUGGUGGUAAGUUCGGUGCUAAUGGAGGUGUGUUUACCUUUUAGUGAUUCCCCGCAGGCCUCUCGGGAGCCUGCGAGAGGAUCGAGGCAUUAGAGACACCGGUGCAGUUAUCCGAGCACAAUUUCUUUGCAGGGCAGCAGAAUCAGAAACCAGACUUGGCCGCGGGUUUCCCCGGCCACCUUCUCUCGCCACCCCUAACUGCCUAGUCACAAUGUCAGGGAGGCUACCCUCAGUGGAGUUGGGGUCCAGACCCCAGGGUGGGACUUCACAGAUUUACCAAUGCUUUUUGCCUUCUGACCUCCCUCUGUCCUGAGAGGGAGGGCAGCCGCUGGUGGGGGGGAGGGGGGCAAUUCUCAGCACAGUCCAUAUCCUGUCUCAGCUCUGGAAGACUAUGCAUCCAAGCACCCAACUUCACCAGAGAGGGAGACGUCUGCGGAUAAUGGAAACCCUUAACUCCUAUCUGUGACUUCGCACGCACGCAGUUGUUAAAUGUCCUAUGAAGACCAUUCAUGUACCUAAGACAUGCCUCCCAAUUCUUCUGACGCUUGAGUUACAGGAAAGGAAAACAAAACAAAAUUAAAAAAAAAAAAUCCUUUACAAUCAUAUGCCACUCGAGUGCGUUCCCCGACCCAUCUUUGGUCCUGGAUAUAAUGAAACAAUAACCCGACAAAUUUUCACUGUGUACACUAGCAAUAUGAACACUGAGCCAGUACACCCUCCGCUGUCUCCUUGGUUACUAUCCUUACCUUGAUACUACAGGGACUAUGUAUGUCAUGCCUGUGGUUGCAUAAGAAAGCUAUGAAGUUAUGUCCAUGAUUUCUAGCUCCCUUCU